UAGGAUGGUUUAUUCCUCACAUGUAACACAAACCUACACACACCAGGGAACACGUACAACACCUUUUACAGCCACAUUAUCAGAUGAUUUGAAGCAUUAACAUGAUUUUCCUCUUUGUUCUUUUGCUUUUUAGUAGAUUAACCUGAAACAACAAUAACUAUGGAAAAAGUACAAGCUACACUUGAAUUUUCAUUACAACUAAAGCAAUUCCAGAUUCCGUUUUUUCUUCAAAGUGGAUGUUACCAAAUUAAGACAUCCUUUGAGAUUCUGACGAGCAUCCCUCACACAAUCGAAGCAAGGAUUUUCCAUACUGAAGAUAACGUGAAGUAUCCGGCUUCAGUUGAGGGCAGUGUCCUUUUCAGCAGUGCAUUUAAAUUAAAGAAAACCAAACGCGCUAUUAGAAUUGACGACGUUGUGAUCUACACCGUUAAUAUCCUCCUGGAUGAGAGUCAAGUAAGUGAUAAAAAGUCUUUUAGAUCAGCUUUGUGUUUGUGUGUUCCGUAUACCGUAUCUUAUGUUUCUUCUAUUCUCUCUACAAUGGCAGAUUGAAGAGACUCUGAAUACCCUGGAGAGCAAGAUGAACUUUGGCCUUUACUAU